GCAGCAUCCCUCCGCCGCCGGCUGCUGCUGCUGCUUCCCUCCCAUCUUUUUCCCAGCUGGAGCAGGCGAGGGAGGCGGAGUCGAGACACGCGCACGCGCGCGCGCACGCCGACGUGCCACAUCCCGCACUCGCCGCGCGCUCACCGUCAAGCAGCCGGCCCGAGCCGACCCACCCGCCGAGCGUCCGCCAGCAGCCGUGCCGUCGCCCCACGAUGGAUGCGCUCAUGAAGGGCUUCUCCAUGGCCAAGGAGGGCGUGGUGGCGGCCGCAGAGAAGACCAAAGCCGGCAUGGAGGAGGCCGCGGCCAAGACCAAGGAAGGGGUGAUGUAUGUCGGUAACAAGACAAAGGAGGGCGUUGUGUCAUCAGUAAAUACCGUGGCCAACCGAACUGUGGACCAGGCAAACAUCGUGGCCGACACGGCCAUCGGCGGCGGCGACGAGGUGUCGCAGGCCGCCACCGAGGGCGUGGAGAACAUCGCCGCGUCCGCCGGGCUCCUGAACCAGGGAGAAUACGGAGGGACGGAGCAAGGUGGCGAAAGAGGAGAGGGCUACUAGUUCCUGUCAGGACCUGUUCUCCAGCGGCCCCUCGCUCCCCUUCGACCCGCUCUACAACAGUCCAGGUGUUUGUUUUGAUUCAUUUCUUCUUUUUUGGCGCCUUUUAAACGGAAUCGAACCCUUGUCUGGGUGGGACUCUUCCGGAUGCAGCAUCCCCCUCGCCUCGCCUCGCCUCUCGUGUGUCAAGUGUCAUCCCAAUUACGCACCCUAAUCCUGAAAAAAUAAUAAUAAUUAAAAAAAAAAAAAAAAAAAAGACACGCACUUGCAUGAAA